UUUCUUUUUUUUUUUUUUAUGAUGAUAUGCUUUUUCUUAUGUAUAUAUUUUAUCUAUGUAGAUGUUUAUUGCUUUUCUUUCUUACAGAUAUUAUGAUUUCCCUCCUCCUCCCCUCCCUUUUUUCCCCUUUAAUUACGCUUUUCUUGUUCUUUACUCUUUUUAAAUAUAUGUAUAUAUAUGCAAACUAAUCAACCUCAAGAAAAAAUUUUGGAUAUUUUUUAAUCAAUCUGAUACACUUGGCACCAAAGAGACAUAGAAGUCAUCUGAGUCACUUCUAAGUGCUCUAUGCCUGUCUUCUUCGGGCUCAACACCAUCCCUAAGCGUCUUGCAAUGCUUCAACAUAGUAAAAGCCAAGGUGUUCUUGAAAGCUGCAUGUGAUGGAAUAGUAAUAGAAUCCCUAUGAUUGGUGAAUAAGAACACAAUGUAAAACAACCAG